UUCUGCCAGAGUAUGUCAUGGUUGGUUUUGUUUAGUUAUCGACAAGAAGUAGGCUCCCAGGUUUUUUGGGCCGGAUACUUCAGUUGGCUUUAUCCUUGACUUUUGUAAAUUUGAUGGAAUUCUGAAGGACAUACAGGCGUUUAGGGAACGCAGGAGGCAACAUGCUUUUCCAGUACUUUGGAAUUGUUGGGAUUCUAUUAUGUUUCAUUUUAGUUUCGGAAUCUGGAACAGACAAAGUUCCGCUCCCUGCACCGCGCAACCUGUCAAUAAACUGGCGCGAUGAGUUCUGUCUGACGCUGUCAUGGCAGGCGCCUCAGGAAGAUUUGGGCGAAUGCAAAGUGAAGUAUUAUGUACAAAUUGACAAGGUACAAUACCUGUACAACCAUGGUCCCGAUAAACGAAUCGAAACAAAACUAGAUUGCCAUUUCACCGAGAAGACGGUGAAGUACACUGUGCAGACCAAGCCUAUAGAAUGUGGAAACAGAGACCUGAGUGAAUCUGUGACCCAAAUUAUCCCUCAACGCACAGUUCUACAACAUAUUAAGGACUUCAACUGUUACCUCUACUCGACAAAGGACAUGAAAUGUUCCUGGCUGACAUCCAAUCAUGUUUCAGACCUCCAACUCUUAUAUAGGAGGGACAUGCCCAUGGAUGCCCAUUUAGCAGCAUGUACAGAGUAUCUGUACAGAAAUGGUGUGAAAACAGGAUGUCACCUACAUGACAAUCAAGAUUUUGAGUCCCGAAAAUUUACUGACGUAUAUUUCUUGCUCAAUGGAAAAUUCGAUGGCUCACCUUUUCAGAAUACCUUCAAGAGGACUCCCAGAAAUCUUGUCAAGCCCCCACCCCCCAAACUCAACAUAAAACAAGAGGAGAAAAAGCUUGUCCUUGAUUGGGAACCACCAGACAUAUUUGAGCCUCACUGCUGGGAGUACAGAUUGAAUUACAGCAAAUGUGGGGAGACUUCAUCUGUCACGAGCCAAACAAAUUCAGCCAGGGUACCAUAUGACUCAAUGUGCCAGUACAAGAUCCAACUUGAGACUAUAUUAAAAUCAUCGUGUGGGGAAGGCAGCAUCGCAAGAGGCCCAUUUGAAGUUUAUGGUCAAGAUAAUCAUAACAUGAUAGUGGUGGCCAUCAUUGUUCCAAUCAUCAUCUUCGUUUCUGUCAUUAUUGCGCUUGUGUGUUUAAGGAAGCAUGAAACCAUUAUUUUCCCUGACAUUCCCAAACCUCAGCUAAUAUUCAAGGACAUAAUGAAUAACAAUAAGGAGCCAAAGAACCCCAUAGAUAAGCUGUAUGUUCCAGUACCAGAGAAGGUGUAUAUUCUAGUGCCAGAGAACGUGAAAUGAAAUCCACCUAGAGACCAACCCUCAACCUACCCAGCCAGACUAGGCACACAAACCUUACAUGUAUGGUUUGCUUGGUCUGAGAGAACAGUCAGACAUCAGACAAUGCCGGGAUUCUAAUUUGACAACUCAUCGUGAAAGGCAGCGUUCGAGGAUUGUGGUGAUGCCAGUCUCACUCAGCAAGGCAUUGAAUUAUGGCACUAAUCUGACAUGGCAUCAUGACAUCAUGAAAUACCUCAGUGAUUACAGGGAUACUUGUGGGUGGGCUACAGCCCAGUGUUCAGUUAAGGGAUCCUUAAAAUUAAGGAAUGGAAAUAAUUUAUUAUUAUUAUUGCCUGUGUUCCUCUCGGAGCUGUUGAUGUAAGAGAUGGCAGCUUUCAGACAAGUGUGCCGUAUUCUUGUGUGUAGAUCGUAAGAGGGCUUGUCGAGAAAUGGACUCAAUGGCUUCUCUCCCAGUGAAUGUGUGGAAGGUAAACGUACAACAGUGUCCAGCUGGUAACACAGUAUGAACCACUCAAGAAGGCUCAUGUUGCCAAUCUGAAGAACGACUAAGAGAUGCUUUUAGCAACAGAGACCCUGAAUGCUACUUCACCUAUUUGGGCAUUGUAACAGUCUCAACAUUUGAUGACUACAACCCUGUCUUUACUACUGCUAUACUUCAUUUUGUACAUGUUUUUAAAGGCUUAUCAAUUUUGUACAAAUUUUGGGGAAAUAUAAUAAAUAUAUGUAUUGUACAGUAGGAUACAACUA